GGUCGGAGGGAGGGUGCGCUCCUCCCGCCCCACACCCAGUCUCUGAGCCGGAUAUAUAGAGUCACGUUUGGGAGCCCCGAGAGCAGCAGCGCGGUUCAGAACAGCUUGAGAGCCUCCCGCGUCGCUGGGAGGACCCUGACCGCCAGUUGGGGAGCCACCCACCCGCACUAAAGCAGCAGGACCCUCUUCCCAGAACCGCACUAGAAAAACGGAGGAAUCAUGUCCAUGAUCGCGGCUUUCUACAGCAACAAGUCUCUACUCAUCACAGGGGCCACAGGCUUCCUGGGUAAAGUGCUGAUGGAGAAGUUGUUCCGCACCAGCCCCCACUUGAAGGUCAUUUACAUCCUUGUGAGACCCAAGUCUGGACAAACGCUGCAGGAGAGGGUUUUCCAGAUCCUCAACAGUAAGCUGUUUGAGAAAGUCAAAGAAGUCUGUCCGAAUGUACAUGAGAAGAUCAGACCCAUCUCCGCAGACCUCAACCAGCGUGACUUCGCCAUCAGCAAGGAGGACAUGCAGGAACUUCUGUCCUGCACCAAUAUCAUCUUUCACUGUGCGGCCACUGUUCGUUUUGACGCACACCUGAGAGAGGCUGUGCAGCUGAAUGUCACCGCCACCCAGCAGCUCCUGCUGAUGGCCAGCCAGAUGCCAAAGCUGGAAGCCUUCAUCCACAUCUCUACUGCCUUCUCUAACUGCAACCUGAGCCGCAUAGAUGAGGUCAUCUACCCGUGCCCCGUGGAGCCGAGGAAGAUCAUUGACUCCAUGGAGUGGUUAGAUGACUCUAUCAUUGAUGAGAUCACUCCCAAGCUGAUUGGGGACCGGCCCAAUACCUACACCUACACCAAAGCCUUGGGAGAGAUAGUGGUACAGCAAGAAAGUGGGAACCUGAAUGUGGCCAUCGUCAGGCCAUCCAUAGUGGGCGCAACCUGGCAAGAACCCUUCCCCGGUUGGGUUGACAAUGUAAACGGACCCAGCGGACUCAUUAUUGCGACAGGGAAAGGAUUUCUUCGGUCCAUAAAAGCUACUCCCAUGGCAGUGGCGGAUGUGAUUCCGGUUGACACAGUUGUUAAUCUCACCAUAGCAGUGGGCUGGUACACUGCCGUUCACAGACCUAAAUCAACGUUAAUCUACCAUUCCACAUCUGGUAAUCUCAACCCGUGUAAUUGGCAUAAAAUGGGAUUACAUGUCUUGGCGACCAUGGAAAAGAUCCCAUUUGAGAGCGCUUUCAGAAGGCCAAACGCUGACUUCACCACCAACAACUUCACUACGCAGUAUUGGAAUGCAGUCAGCCACCGGGCCCCUGCCAUCAUCUACGACUUCUACCUGAGGCUUACGGGAAGGAAACCCAGGAUGCUGAAGCUCAUGAACCGCCUCCUGAGGACCAUCUCCAUGCUGGAGUAUUUCAUCAACCACAGUUGGGAAUGGAGCACAAACAACACAGAGAUGCUUCUGUCAGAGCUGAGCCCUGAAGAUCAGAGAGUAUUCAACUUUGACGUGCGACAGUUGAACUGGCUCGAAUACAUUGAAAAUUACGUUUUGGGGGUUAAGAAGUAUCUACUAAAAGAGGACCUGGCUGGUAUCCCCAAAGCAAAGCAACAUCUAAAAAGGCUCCGGAACAUUCACUACCUCUUUAACACUGCCCUGUUUCUUAUCAUCUGGCGCCUCCUCAUUGCAAGGUCUCAGAUAGCUCGGAACAUCUGGUUCUUCAUUGUGAGCUUCUGCUAUAAGUUCAUCUCGUAUUUUAGGGCCUCCAGCACACUCAAGAUCUAAGAGCAUUCCACCAGCCCACCAUCUGGAACCUCAGAUACCUCUCUAAGGCAGUAAACUGUGUCUUAAACUAGGAAGUAACAAGAAGCACAUCCAAGCUUCC